AUGGUGAGAAGUAACCAAACUUCUAUGGUGACGGAGUUUCUCUUCUCUGGAUUUCCCCAGUUUGGAGAGAGAAGCCUACUCAUCUUCUUCCCUUUGUUAAUCAUCUACCUGUUUAUUGUUAUUGGGAAUCUCAUUGUCUUUUUUGCAGUAAGAGUGGACGCUCGUCUCCACAAUCCCAUGUAUAAUUUCAUCAGCAUUUUCUCCUUCCUGGAGAUAUGGUAUACCACAGCCACCAUUCCCAAAAUGCUUUCCAAUCUCAUCAGUAAGAAGAGGACCAUCUCCAUAAUUGGUUGCCUUUUGCAGAUGUACUUCUUCCACUCACUAGGAAAUUCAGAGGGGAUUUUGUUGACUACUAUGGCCAUCGACAGGUAUGUUGCCAUCUGUAACCCCCUCCGCUACCCAACCAUCAUGACCCCCCGGUUGUGUGCUCAGCUCUCCGCUGGCUCCUGCAUAUUUGGCUUUCUUGUGUUGCUCCCAGAGAUUGCAUGGAUUUCCACACUACCCUUCUGUGGCUCUAACCAAAUCCAUCAGAUCUUCUGUGACUUUGGGCCUGUGCUGCGUCUGGCCUGCACAGACACAUCCAUGAUCCUGGUGGAAGAUGUGAUCCAUGCCAUUGCCAUCAUCUUCUCUGUCCUGGUUAUCACCCUCUCUUAUGUUAGAAUCAUUGCUGUGAUCCUGAGGAUUCCCUCUGCUGAAGGUCGCCAGAAAGCUUUUUCCACCUGUGCCUCUCACCUAGGUGUCUUUGUGAUGUUCUAUGGCAGUGUCUCCCUCAUGUACCUACGCUUCUCUGCCCCAUUUCCACCGAUUUUGGACACAGUCAUUGCACUGAUGUUUGCAGUUCUUGCUCCCUUUUUCAACCCGAUCAUCUAUAGCUUAAGAAAUAAGGACAUGAAGAUUGCAAUUAAGAAACUCCUCUGCUUUGAGAAGGCGUUUAAUGCAUCGACAAGUUAA